UUCUUAAGUAACCACUAAUUAACUCCUGUGACUGCUCUGUCCAUAUUUUUCAGUCUAUACCAUCCUGCCUACCUCUUGGUUUUUGAUGAGACAGUUCAAUUCAGAAAGCUUCAAUUUAGAAAAGAAAAGGCUGUAGUUCUUUCAAUGAAGUCAUGAAAGCCACUUUUAAAGAUAUGAAAGAGCGGAAAAUGCCUAAAAAAAAGACUGGUGCCAGGAAGAAGGCUGAGAACCGCAGGGAACGUGAAAAACAACUAAGAGCAUCAAGAAGCACUGUAGAUUUAGCUAAGCAUCCAUGUAAUGCUUCGAUGGAAUGUGACAAGUGUCAGAGGCGGCAGAAGAAUAGAGCAUUUUGUUAUUUUUGUAAUGCUGUACAGAAGUUACCAAUCUGUGCACAGUGUGGAAAGACCAAGUGCAUGAUGAAGUCCUCAGACUGUGUCAUAAAGCAUGCUGGUGUAUAUAGUACUGGCCUCGCAAUGGUGGGUGCAAUAUGUGACUUCUGUGAAGCUUGGGUUUGCCAUGGUAGGAAGUGUCUCAGUACACAUGCCUGUGCCUGCCCUCUUACUGAUGCUGAAUGUGUUGAAUGUGAAAGAGGUGUAUGGGACCAUGGAGGCAGAAUAUUCAGUUGUUCUUUUUGCCAUAACUUUCUCUGUGAAGAUGAUCAAUUUGAACAUCAAGCCAGCUGCCAAGUUUUGGAGGCAGAAACAUUUAAAUGUGUUUCAUGCAAUCGGCUUGGUCAGCAUUCGUGUCUCCGUUGUAAGGCUUGUUUUUGUGAUGAACAUACAAGAAGCAAGGUGUUUAAACAGGAAAAAGGAAAACAACCUCCUUGCCCUAAAUGUGGACACGAGACUCAGGAGACAAAGGAUCUUAGCAUGUCAACACGCUCCCUGAAAUUUGGCAGGCAGGCUGGUGCCGAAGAGGGAGAUGGAGCUUCUGGGUACGAUGCUUAUUGGAAGAACCUUUCAUCUGACAAGUAUGGUGAUGCUAGCUAUCACGAGGAGGAAGAGGAGUAUGAAGCAGAGGAUGAUGAAGAGGAGGAAGAUGAAGGUGGAAAGGAUUCGGAUGCUGAGUCGUCAGAUUUGUUUACUAAUUUGAAUUUAGGAAGGACCUAUGCUAGUGGCUAUGCUCACUUUGAGGAACAGGAGGACUAGGUGAGCUGCCUGCCUGGCCAUUGGUGGCCAUUGUGAGAGGAGCAGGAACAUGGGUCUUGAUGGAUUGGGUGUGGGUAUUUGAAAGUACCCUCAGCUAGGCCCUGUGCAAAAGACUAGUCACACUGGGCCAAGAAGUAGGGCGUAGCAUUUUUAAAGGCUUUUAGCAUAAGAAAAUGCAUUUCAAAGGUAAGACUUCAUGAUCCAGACAAAUGUGUUGUGGAUUGAAUUAUCACUGAUUUCAGUAAUCUAGUAGGUGUUGGCAAUUAGAUACAUAUAUAUAGAACAAAGGGAUAGAAUGGUAAUAUAUUUAUUUGAAAUUACUGAUUUUAUUAAAAAGGAUUGCUUAUAGAUUUAUUGUUUGAUUUUGAAAAACGUAAUGGGUAGAUUACUGUAUUUUUUUUUAAUCUCCACAGAAUGAAAGCUGAACAUUGUUUUACCCUAAAUUUUCAUUAAAUAUUGCUGUUAAGUCAUUCAUGUUUUUAACAAUUGACUCAUUCAUCUCUUCACAAUGUAUUCUUGAACAGUCCCUAUUUUUAAUGCCUAAAUGUAUUGACAAAGGUGACCAAGUAGCUAUUUUUCAGACACUGUACCAGGAAUAGUAUUAGUUUCUUUGUGAAUAAAUCUAGUACUAUUUCACUAAA